AUGACGAACGCCACGGCAGGGAUACAAGGCUUCGCCUCCCGCCGCAAUAAUACCUGUUUGGAGGAUGAAGUCAGCUGCGGCCACACUUGGGGGACCCAGUAUGCCUGUUGUCCCAGUGGCUCCUACUGCCCGGGCUCCAAAGUCAGCAUCCCCAACAACGUUUGCUGUCCCAGUUGGACCGAUUGCACUGCUCAAAUCGAUGAUCCACCUGUCUGCGCCGACUCGAGUUGGGGACUGUAUAACUACAGUGGGUAUUUCUGUUGCGAGGGCGACACGCAGGGGUUUGGUGUCAAGGGAGAGACGUGGGUGGGAUGCGCCGCGCAGGAUUAUCCCGGAAACGCGAAGUAUUCCGCCUUGAAUCUGAUCGCUCAAGAAACUGGAACAACGACCGCGAUCGCGACGACGACUGCGGCUACUACUGCGAGCGCGGGAACAGGGACUGUAGCGAGUGUGACGACCCCUCCGACUUCUUCAUCCUUGACUGCGACAGCGAGCGCUGUACCAACAUCGCAUGGAACGAAUUCUGGGGCGAUUGCUGGCGGUGUCGUCGGAGGGGUGCUGGGUGUCGCUGCUAUCGCGGCAGGGCUUUGGUUUUUCUUGCGACGCCGCAAGACGCAAACUCCGCAGCAGCCUGUGUCGCAAGCACAGCACUCUGAAUAUAUGUAUGCGGCUGAAGAUUCGAAUUUCAGUGAGCUUAACGCGGAACCCGACCGGAUCGAGCUCGUGGGACACAAGAAUCAACUGAGGCACGAGUUGCCUGGAUAG